AUGUCACGGAUGAUGUCGACCGCAUUGGGACAGCUUGCGGUGUGGAUUCUGGCAACGCUCAUAACUUGGGCGCUGUGUUGGCGGAUCGUUUCACCAGUCAAUUGCCGAGAAGAACCCAGCUGCCUUCGGCAGAUGCAGAUCCACCCUGGACAUUAUCACGUCAUUUCAACAACCGCUCUGACCGCAAUGGCAGGGCAUGAAGUCGUAGGCCUUGUGGCGGCCUACUUUGGAGCACAGAAAGCCCGAACACUGAUCCCGCACAUUCGAAGCAGGUGCCUGCCAAGCUUCUUGCUUGCGGUGAUGUUUGGGACCUUGGCAAUUGUCGAGUGGCUGUUCUCGCAUAGUGACCGGACAUUGGCUCACGUCAUGCACAAUUCGGAUGGUCUCACCCCGGGGGCUCGGCCCACAUACACGCUGCAAUACCUGGAGUUCAACAUCAACGUGCCAAUACUUUUUAUUUUGUCAGGUUAUUGCAGCCUCGGCCGGCCUCUGCCAGAAGUUUCAAGACCCUUGGUGGUCACCAAUAUUUACAUCAUCCUAGCAUGGGCCGCAACGGCCACAGCGUCGGGCAUUUUGAAGUGGUUGCUGAUCGCCACCUCGUUUGGCAUGUUCGCCUGGGCCUCGCGCGACAUAGUCCAAUGGUGCAAGGAGUUUGAACGCACAGCGCCUCGCGACCUGCCAAGUAGAUCGGUUCGGCCAUGGAUCAGUCAUGGCCUGAUCGUGGAGUUCCUUGCAUAUGGCUUGGUGUAUUUGCUCUCCGGCUUGGGCCUCAUCUGCGCGGAAACAGAACGCAAGAGUUUCUUUGCGUUGACUUUCGGCAGCAAAAUUGCGAUUUGCGCGAUCUUCGUGUUCAUUCGGGCAGACGAAUAUCACAAGACCCUCACGGAUGUCCUACGAAAAGUUAGUGUUUCCAAUGUGGGUAUGAUCUCCAUCCUGCGGGGCAGCUUUGACAUUCUUCUUCCAUGUGUUGUGGACAGUUAUGGCCGAUGCAAAUUUCCCCCACAGAUGUCAGGGGACAUGGCCAAAUUGGAGAAGAUCUUGGGUUGCACUGUGGCCGGUGCCAAUUUCAAAGACUUGCUGGCAGAAAGUGACAGGGCUGACUUCGCCGCUUAUCUUCGAAAUGUGAUCCGCCAGGCCGAUUUCCCGCAGGACACCUCCGAAUCGGUUGCAUUGUGGACAUGCGAGAACGCCAUGCCGCCCAUUGCUCAGGUGUUGAAUAGCAAGCUGCAGGGCAGGGAGCAGAAACUCACUGCCAGCGUGCACCUCUCUGUCGUGCCCAAAUCCUCGGGAGUCGGCCGUGCCGAGCGGCAUGAGCGGCAUUUGGUGGCUGCCAUCAGGUUGUCAGAUGAAAUCCAGGAUGCUGAGCUGGACCAAAAAGGUGCCGUCUUCCAGGAUUUCAAAGUCAACCAGCGGCAAACAUCCGAACAGUCGACUGGUACCAACGUUUCUGAUGCUCAAACUCACUGCGACACAGAUUCGACCAAUUCAGGCAUCGUGGCUAACCUGGCAGACCUUCGCAAGUUGGGAGCAUCGCUGGUCCUCCACGCCUCGGCAGAUGAGGAAGCCAGUAACUGGGGACCCUCCCUGGUCACCGAUGACGCCUUGUCGCAUCUGGGUGCCAUGGCAGAGCAGGAGGCUGCCUUCGUAAAGGGUAAGGUGGCGAUGGAUGCCCGGCUGGUUGGAACUUGGGAGGGGAGUACCAGCCACGAACUCGGAGGCUACCACCAGCGAAUCGAAUUCAAGAACGACUGCGUGAAUGCAGAGGUCACGGUCAUGGGACAAACGCUGCCCGCACACAUCAGCAUGAAUUGCUCAGUGGAGCCACACCGACUUGACAUUGAAGUCAUCCCUCACGGCAGUGUCAUGGCACCUCCGCCCAUUCCAUACAUCUUCAAAAUCGUGGGUGAUUCCUUGCACCUUUGCGGUCCUGCCGACAGCAGCAUGAAGCGAGCGAAGGCCUUUGAAGGGCCAGGGCUUUGCAUCAUGGAACGUGUCAGCUUGCCAGAGCUGGAGCCGGAAUGGAGCAGGACAAGCUCACCCGCAUCGGAGGCCGCUGCAGCUGCAAAGCCUCCACCGAAGCCGGCGAAGAGUUGGGCAUCCGAGCCAAUAUUGGCUGCAUCGCUAACUCUAGCCGUGACCAGCACCCUGAUUGCCUUGCGCAAAUCCUUAUGA